UAUAUCACAGUUGCUUAUCAGCAGUUUUUAAUUAUUACAUCAAAAAUAAAGCGACUUUGGAAUCAAAUGCGCUUGCAGACUAUUUUAUCGAUCAUUUGUUACUGUGUUUGCCGCAUAGAGUAUUCAGUUUUUAAUGAAUAUUGGAGAAGAUAAUGGAUCAAAUUGUACAAAAAUGGAGACGCUAUUUACUUGUGCAACCGCCCCUAUUCCUAUUAUUGAUCUCUUUGUCGAUGUCAGGUACUAUAUUCACAGAUCUGCUAAUGUAUCGUACAUGCCUUAUGACUUUGAAAUUAAACGAAACAGAGUGCCAGAUAUUCCAUAACAAUAGCACUAGCGAGGAGGUGCUUAAAAUUAAUACUUUGGCCCAACCGCACGUAGCCAAUAUUUUGAUGAGUAAAUCUUUCAUAGAAAGCAUUUCCCCAUCAAUCCUAAUGUUAUUUCUGGGACCGUGGAGCGAUAAGUAUGGAAGGAAACCUGUUAUGCUUUCCGGAUACAUAAGCAUGUCCUUAACAUAUAUUUUGCUGUCUGUAAUGGCUAGUUGGGAUAUUGAACCUUGGUAUUUCCUGAUAGCCUAUAUUCCUGUUGCUCUCUUGGGUGGUCUAAGCGUAUUGCUAUUAGCUUCGAUGUGUUACAUCACUGAUAUAACAGACGAUAAAGAGCGGGCAUGGCAUUUAGCCUUUUUACACGCGUUGGUCUCUCUCGGUCUAUUAAUCGGAUUGCUUUCUGGUCCAGCGAUAUUUGACGCAUGCGGCUACAGUGCUGUAUUCAGUGUUGCGACUGUGUUCUGCAUUCUGGCAACAUUAUAUAUAUUACUUUUUGUCCCGGAAACUAUACAGAAUCAAACUUCCGGUAUCUGCAAGGUAUUUGACUUUACGCUAAUAAAAGAUCUUAUUAAUACGUGUGUCAAAAAGAGAGACGGAUUCAAUAGGUCGUUAGUCUGGAGCUGCGUAGCUUGUCUUACACUUCUCCUGAUUGUUUAUGAAGGCUCUCUCGCUAUCGGAUAUCUAUUCGUAAGCGCACGGCUUGGCUGGACCAUAGAAAAUUACUCCGUUUAUAAUGCUGCAGAUAUUGUAGUGAAAGUACUUGGUACGAUAUUUGGUAUCAAAAUAAUGCAAAAAUAUGCAGGAUUUCCAGAGACUGUAAUUGCUAUGGUAUCUGUUAUAUCGUCUUUUGGGAGUGUUUUGGUACGUGCCUUCACAUGGCUGUCUUGGCAUAUGUAUUUAUCAAUGGUUUUAGGAAUGUUUGGUGACAUAUCUCGACCGAUGAUACGUGCUAUAUUAUCCAAGGCGGUACCUGUGCAAGACGCAGGGAAGGUUUUCUCUGUGGCUAUGACUCUAGAGACACUGUUACCAUUUGCGGCAGAUUCUCUAUAUACUUUACUGUACUCCCACUACAUGCCACCUUUAUACCCUCUACCAGUGUGGUUUUUAUCAGUAGUAUUUUACGUCAUAACUAUUGUGACAUUGGUAUAUAUUCAAAUACAAGUGAUAAAAAGCACCACAGUGUCUUAUACUCCAAUAACAGAAGACAGUAACGACUCUUUGAUAUCUUAUCAAGAAGACACAAGUACAAAUGUUUAUGCUCAAGAUAAAUUAAAUGAUUAGCUAAAUAUGUAAGACAUUAUUUUUGUAUAUGUAUUUUUAGCA